GUUUUCUUUUAAACAAAUAGGUGAAGAAAGGGUUGGUGUGGCAGCUGCCGGUGGCGGGUCAGUGUGGCGGCUCAGCUGUUACUGGCAAAGCCGUCUGCUGCAUGUAGUGAAUGUGGUGUGUAUUUACAUUCCCAAACACCUUUGCCGUGUGUUCCAGAUUAACUGGGUCAAGUGUAUAUGUUGCCGUUACUGCUGCCAGUUAUCAAGUGCGGUCGGUAUUGUUUCUCCGUACCUGGCUUCCGAGAGGCCAGGAUGAUGUCCGCACCUGCCUCAGAAAUUCCUUGGUCUUGCAAGUGCUCCCUGAUAGUAGGCACACCAUCAGCUGUGUGUGGUGCAUGAUCGGAUGCUCCUCCCCUGAAGCUGGGUGUACUAGCACCUGUCUUCUGCGUGAUGAGAAUCAAAGCUGCAAGACCACUCAUUGAAAGCAGAAUAACAGCAUCAACAAAGACAAGAAAAUAGCAAAUAUGGCAGGGUGUGGAGGUCAGUGAAGGAAGUAAAGCCCUUGUGAGGGAUGGUGAUGAUGGUGAUGAGGGUGAAGGGUGGUGGAGGAGAGUAGUCAGCCAGUGACCCGGUGCUCCACCCUCUCCCCCUCUGCCCUGCCCCUUCCUACUCCGCUGUGAGGUUGUUAUGGGUGGCCUGCGGGUGGCAGCCCCAACCUGCCUCCACUGCAGACACUACUGAGGCAGCCCUGGCUGGCCCAUCAGGUGCAGCAAUCUCAUUGGAAGCAGUGAGGAGCCCUGCCAAGCGUGCUUGGAGGAAGGGUGGCAAGACAGGGGAGGACGAGGCAGCCACAGGAGCCUCUGAGCGUGCACUGAGGCACCUCGCUGAUUGGGUGAGGCAACUCAGUGUAGCCACUGAAAAAGAAGACAACAGCGCCAAGCUGCACCCCUGGGUGGACAAGGCUAGCAGCACUAGUAGAAGCAGCACCCCCACCGGCCCUAUGCCUCUCCUGAGCCCAAGGCCCAGUCCUAAGAUGGCCGCCACGCCCAGCAACUCUAACCUCUUCUACACAGUAGAGGUGGGCGACACCCGCUUCACUAUCCUACGCCGCUACACUAACCUCAAGCCCAUCGGCUCUGGGGCCCAAGGCAUUGUCUGUGCUGCAUAUGACUCCGUGACACAGCAGAGUGUGGCAAUCAAGAAGCUGUCACGGCCCUUCCAGAAUGUGACUCAUGCCAAGAGGGCCUACAGGGAGUUCAAGCUUAUGAAAUUGGUCAACCACAAGAACGUGAGCACCAGCAGGGAGCAGGGAGGAGCUGGGGGAGCUGGGGAGGAAGAGGGAAGGAGGGAGGAGAGAGCUUACAGGGAAUUCAAGCUCAUGAAGCUGGUCAACCACAAGAAUAUUAUUGGACUUCUGAAUGCCUUCACUCCCCAAAAAUCCCUGGAUGAGUUCCAGGAUGUAUACUUAGUGAUGGAGCUAAUGGACGCCAACCUGUGUCAGGUGAUUCAGAUGGACCUUGACCAUGAACGUAUGUCUUAUCUUCUCUACCAGAUGCUGUGUGGCAUCAAGCAUCUCCAUUCUGCUGGAAUUAUUCACAGGGAUCUCAAACCCAGCAACAUUGUGGUGAAAUCUGAUUGUACUCUCAAGAUCCUAGACUUUGGUCUUGCUCGAACAGCAGGCACUACCUUCAUGAUGACUCCUUAUGUGGUUACCAGAUACUACCGUGCUCCUGAGGUGAUUCUUGGCAUGGGCUACACAGAAAAUGUGGACAUCUGGUCUGUUGGGUGCAUCAUGGGAGAAAUGAUUCGAGGAGGUGUUCUCUUUCCCGGCACAGACCACAUUGACCAGUGGAAUAAAAUUAUAGAGCAACUAGGAACUCCUUCACAAGACUUUAUGUCUAGAUUACAGCCAACUGUUCGCAACUAUGUUGAAAACCGUCCUCGCUACCCUGGCUACUCCUUUGAUCGUCUUUUCCCUGAUGUUCUCUUCCCUGCUGAGUCUACCGAUCACAAUCGCCUAAAAGCAAGCCAAGCCCGUGAUCUCCUGUCUCGCAUGCUGGUGAUUGACCCAGAACGCAGGAUAAGUGUGGAUGAAGCACUCAUGCACCCUUACAUCAAUGUUUGGUACGACGAGGCUGAGGUCAAUGCUCCUGCACCUGGACCAUAUGACCAUAGCGUGGAUGACCGGGAACACACAGUGGAUCAGUGGAAGGAGCUGAUCUACAAGGAAGUGAUGGACUAUGAACUGGUGUACAACACCCCAGGAGGUGGGGCAGGAGCUGGUGGAGCCCAUGGAACACCUAAUACCCAUGCUCCACCCUCAGCUGCCACCAAUGCUGCCGCAGAUGGGGAUCCUGAUCAUCGCCCUAAUCAUAGAUAGGGCUGCCCACAGCCCUCCUAACAGCCCAGCACUCUCCGCCCUACCUUGGUCCCUCACCCCAUCCCACAGCUGCUCACUGACCGUGGGAGGAGGCUGAGGCAUGCCACUGGAAAGAACUGUUGGCUCUGGCUUGUUUGGAAAGUUGUUUUCCUUGACUUGGGAACUUGGUUGUUUGACUACUUGUGUUCGCUGAGCCUGGUAGUAGCCCUUGUAUUGUGCUUAAGUGAGGUGGUUUUAAUACCACUAACCCAAGCCAGAUGGCAUCACCAGCCCAAAUCCAUGCACUUUCAUCAGUUUGAAAUUAUCCUUAUACUGGUUGACUGAGGCACUGAGGCAUCUUCAUCUACUGUCAGCCUCUGUGACCAGCAUAUGAUGAAAAGAGUGAAAGUGAAUGUAUGAGAAAGUAAAAACAUAAAAGAUCAUGAGCAUUCAGACAAACAUAUGCAAUUUUAGGGUACUGAAUAAACUGUAGAUAUUUGACUGCUUGAUGUCUACAAUCACUGGAGAGGAGUUGUAUUCUUUUGUUAUCAUAAUGGUGAACUAAGAUUAGGUUGCAGCAUUGGAAUACCAUCAGUCUCUCUCUCUCUCUCCUAUAUUGAGUCAAACAUUAUGAAAAUUAUUUGCCUUGCUUGGCUCUUCAAAUUAGUUUUCCUGAAGUUGAUCACCAUUUAAUAAUUCCAUUUAAACCUAAAGGAAUUGCAUCCACUAUGUUGCAAAAAAAGCUGUCUCUUGAAAGCUAUGCUUGUAGCUCCUGUGAAAACAACAGCAUAUCAAGCAUUGAUUAAUGUUGAUCUUUUUAUUUUACUAUGAAAUCAUGGGUCAUAAGUGAUAGAAUGUCAGUAAGUUUCAUGGUUGGGUCCUACAUUUUAAGGAAUUUAAUGUGAUUAAAGAUUAUCUGUUCUCCCCCUCCCCCAGUCCAUUAUGAGAAAACUAGUUCUUCCACGGGUCUCCUGGACUAACAGGCUACAAAUGUACAGACUUGUGUCAAAUUUGUAUCUCUGUACAGACUCAUUCCGCUUGCUUUUUAAGGUAUAUGGUCAGAUUUUUUUUUUUUUUUUUUUUUUUUUUUUUUUUUUUUUAAGGUUAUAGUUUCCUUAACAAAUUUGUAUCAUUCUCAUUUAAUAAGUUCACCUAUCAGUUUAGCAAUCUAUCACUAUGUGUCAGUCACUCUCUCUCUCUCUCUCUCUCUCUCUCUCUCUCUCUCUCUCUCUCUCUCUCUCUCUCUCUCUCUCUCUCUCUCUCUCUCUCUCUCUCUCUCUCUCUCUCUCUCUCUCUCUCUCUCUCUCUCUCUCUCUACACACACACACACACACACACACACACACACACACACACACACACACACACACACACACACACACACACACACACACACACACACAAGAGAAACUGCUGCUAAGAGAAGCAGGAAAUACCAGAUACAAACAAAGACACAGCAAAAAAAUAAGAAAAGGAAGAUGCUUGAGUAACAAAAAGAAAUAUAGUUUCCCACAGAGAAAUAUAGAAGUUUGGAACAAACUCAUUGAGGAUGUAGUAUCGCAACAAGUAUGCACAACUUUAAGGAAAAACUGGAUAAGGGUAGAUAUGGAGAUGGAACCACAUGAGCAUAGCUCGCCCUGUAAAUUAUAACUAGUUAAAUACACACAAAGAUAGAUAAAUGGAUGGACACACACACACACACACACACACACACACACACACACACACACACACACGUCCCAAAACUCAUUAAGAUUUAUGCAGAGUUCUUCAUGCCUAUGUCAGUUUAUCCAUCAGUUUCAUCUCCCUGGCUAUCUCUGAUUUCACUAUCACAUAACUGUGACAUACCACAGAGAGUCCGGAGAUGGAUGAUGUCAGCCAGUAAGGGACAGAACUCCAGGAAAAUCCACUUCAAAAAGAGUCACCCUGCACCACCUCUCUCUCACACACAAACACACACACACACACAGACACACACACACUUACACACACCAACCACACACAUACAAUCACUUGUAAAUAUUUUUCUGCCAUGGAUUAUCACAUUGCUGUGAUAUACCACAGAAAAUCUGGAGAUUGAUGAUGUCAGCUUAUAAGGAACAGGACUCCAGGAAAAUACACAUCAUGAAAUCAUCACCACUCUUCUUCCAACAUGCACACAAACACAUACACACACUGUCACUUGUAAAUAAAUAUUCACCCACAGAGUUGUUUGAGUGGUCCCCAUAGUUGUGUCUCUUUUCUGGAGUGGCUUAAGUCCGUCCACCACUCAGUUUGAUGCGCAGCCUCCAUCCCCCCCCCCCUCCCCUGAACACACCUAAACUUUGUUUGUGGGAUCUUUUUUUUGGUUCUCCUGUACUAGAAUCACCACUUCAAACUGUACAGUUAUUAAAACUGCUACUUCUGCUGCUAUUAUAAAAAAAUAUUUGAUUUUCAUUUUGAGGACUUCCUUGUCUAUUUAGAAAUUAUGAAAGUUUUGACACCUGGCAGCAGGAAAUGUCACAUGCUCAUCCAGCCACCCAUGUGAGCUUUACCUUCCCGCCAACUCACCUUCCAUAAGCCUUGCUUCUUCACUUGUAAUCUAUGGCUCCAAACUCACCCAUCAUUCAUUUUGUAGAGAAGUCUAGCUGUCUGGCUGUAACUGAGAAUCCUGGCAGUCUUGUUAUUUUAUCAACAUAGUAAAAAAUUUUAUUAGUGGAUUUUGUUAAUACAUAUUUAGGAAUAAAGAUUAUAUAUCAUUUCACAAAAUUUUCAAUAUAUAUGUAAAAUGAUAAUGUAAAUCAUGAUGUGUGUAUAAUUCCCUACUUGAAGUAGCUUUUAAAACAUUAAUUUUGGUCAAUAGGGAGUCCUAAAGAAUUUCCUGUUUUUUUUAAUCAAAGCAUGGCAAUAAGUAACUUCAAAGGUUAAAAUAUUUCUAUAAAUUUUCUCUCCAUAUACCAUCUUCAGGAUUCCAUAACUGGCUUGUAGUUCAAGAAGGUAUUAUUGGAUAGAAACACUGUGACUGAACUUUCUCUUCUGGACAGCAGAGACUGUUUAGUCUUGCCUCUUUCUUGUUAACCUCUGGUGUGCAGGAGGAAUAUCCAUAGUGAGGGAGGGCAGCAUCUUUCCCUUUCACUGCCCCAUUCUCAAUGUAUACACUGUCAGCACCAAUGUAAUGUGCAGAUAACAAGAGAAUCCUCUCCUGCCCCUUUUUUAUCUUAUUUUUAUAGGGUAAGUGAUGUUUGCAGAAUGAUUGCUGGAAGAUUGAGACCUGUUUGUGGAUAUUUUAAAAGUCUUUCAAACUAUAACUGAAAGUUUUGUGAAUGUUGUAUAGGCAUCUUGCUGUGGUGUGGGUCCUACCCCUGCUAGAGUUGUACCCCUACCCUAGUGAUGUCUAAACUAAAGAAAUAGGAUCUACAAUCACUUUCUUUGUACAUUCCAAGUUAUGUUGUUGAAAGCUGCUGGCAGGCCACUGGUAGGUGUUUGUUUUGUAAACUGGGUCUGGAGUCCCCCCCUCCCACAACCAUCCCUAGAUGCUACACCACAGCCACUGGGAUCCAUCAUUUUAGACUAAUAAUGAUAAUUAUAACAAUAUAAUAAUCCAUUGUAUGCUAGCUCAUCUAGGCUAUAGUGUUAGGUUCACUAGUGUAAAACCUUUAGUGACAUGUACAAAACUUAGUGCCAGUGUGGCCCAGUACAGUCAGUGUUCCAUCAGUUGGUCAGGUCCCCUUUUGGAAUUCAGUUAUAUCUUUUAUUGUCUUUUCUUUUCUCUGGUUAUUCUAGUGUGCAAGUGUGUGUGUGUGUGUGUGUGUGUGUGUGUGUGUGUGUGUGUGUGUGUGUGUGUGUGUGUGUGUGUGUGUGUGAACAUAUGAGGUGACUUGCACCACUACAGCAAAAAACACCAAAACUACAGUAUGGCAUGGCUGGAAGGCAUGACUACCUGCUGUCUCAAAAAAGUGGUGUUUUUUUCCAGAGUGCUCAAGACUUGUGUACUCCCAUAGGUGUUAGGGAUAUGCAGUGUUUCCUCCCACUCAAUGUUGUUCCCAUACUUCUUAUUCCCCAGUGUGUGUGUGUGUGUGUGUGUGGGUGUGCAUGAGAGAGAGAGAGAGAGAGAGAGAGAGAGAGAGAGAGAGAGAGAGAGAAAAUCAUAUGAAUGAAUAUUGUACAGGUAGUUUGAGAAUGAUGCUGAUUGGUGUUAAGUUUUAUGUCUGCUGACAGCACUCUCUGUGGAUGCACUAAAUUUCUGGCUAAGACUAUUCAUUCAUCUAUACCAGUUUCAACCUCCAUCCAGUAGUACUGUAUAACCAAAGUUAAUGAUUCUUUGUUCUCUCUUCCUGGAUAGUUGAGCUAGGGUAUCCACAGAGAGGCUGUGUGGUUCUCUCUGCUACUACACCUGUUUAACUCUCAAACAAUUGUGCUUAGGCAGGACAAAUCAUAACCUUUUGUAUAUAAAAGCAACCUCCCCCAGUAGUGCAAAGAAGAAUAAAAUUAUCAAGUUA